AUGCGAUUGAGUUUGAAGUCUUGCUUAGUUUCGCCGCUAGAUAGUACCACCAGUCACUGUCGUGAAGAUUUUUAUUUUAAAUUGAGUAAAGAGGUAAUCAAGGAAAAAGCAACAUCUAUAUUUCGUGAUUUGACUGCGGAUGAUCCGGAACCAGAGACGACUGAGAUUGAAAGUCUCUGCAUGAAUUGUGGGAAAAAUGGUAUUACUAGAUUACUCUUGACAAAAAUUCCACAUUAUAAGGAUAUUGUGAUAAUGUCUUUUGAUUGCGAACAUUGUGGUUACCAGAAUAACGAGAUACAAAACAGUGGAAAAAUCCAAGAUAAAGGGAUAAGAAUAACAUUGCAAGUCACAUCACCCAGGGACUUGAAUCGUCAAGUUGUUAAAUCUGAUUACACAUGUGCGAGAAUUCCAUCUUUGGAUUUUGAAAUCCCAUCUAGAUCACAGAAAGGAGAAAUUACAACAGUCGAAGGUAUAUUAGAAAGAACCAUUGCUGGUUUAGAGCAAGAUCAACCAGAUAGAAGAGAAAACUAUCCAGAUGCAGCUGCUCAGAUUGAUCAGUUCGUUGAGAAACUGAGAAGCCUGAAAUUAUUGAAAGCACCUUUUACCAUUAUAUUCGAGGACAUAUCAGGGGAGUCUUAUAUUGAGAAUCCAAAUGCACCACUAAAGGACGAAGGAUGCACUGUAAUGAAAUUUAAGAGAACAACAGAGCAAGAUCAUGUUCUGGGGAUAUACACUGAAAAAUUGGACAAUGUUUUAUUGAAACCUAUAAAAGAAGGAGAAUACACGUUGGAGGAUAUUGAAGGUGAAGUUCUUUCGUUUAGAACAAAUUGUCCAGAAUGCAAUUGUCCUUGUGAGACUAACAUGAAGAUGACCAAUAUUCCACACUUUAAGGAAGUGGUAAUUAUGGCAACAGUCUGUGAAUCUUGUGGUCACCGAACAAAUGAAGUUAAAAGUGGGGCAGGCAUUGAACCUGAAGGGGUGAAGAUAGAAGUUUCGGUUUCAGGAAGAGAAGACUUUAGUCGUGACUUACUGAAGUCAGAAACAUGUUAUAUGGAAGUACCAGAAUUAAACCUGGAGGUUGGACCGACCGCUUUAGGUGGACGCUUCACUACGAUUGAAGGCAUCUUAAUGGCAGUCAAAGAUCAGUUAUCGUCGUCAACGGCAUUCACCGGUGACAGUAGCGAUCCGGAAACUGUAAAAAGAAUGGAAACUUUUAUAUUCCAUUUGAAUGAGGUCUUGGAAGGAAAAGAAAAAAUAACGUUGGUGUUGGAUGAUCCAGCCGGUAAUAGCUACGUACAGAGUUUGACGGGCGACGGGCUUGACAGUGGUCUAAAGAUUACCAGAUAUGAGAGAAAUUUUGAACAGAAUGAAGAACUUGGUUUGAAUGAUAUGAAAGUUGAGAACUACUAAUCAUUUGUUAUGCAGAUUUAUACAUGUGUCAAUGAUAAUAUUAUCUGUAAUUUAUGUAUUAUAAUGAAAG